AUCCCCGGACUCGCGCUCCACUCCGCUACCAGCCCUGGAACUCGUCUUUCAAGAUUUUUGUGGUUCGUUAAGCGACAACGAACCUCUUCCCAUCUUCAAUCCGGCGCCGACCGCGAUAUUCCUCCCAAAUGCGUCGCGUACCCGUCAGAGCCCUUAGGACGACUUUUCAAUGCGCAGUCCGGGGCUUAGCUCGUACUAGUCGCCCGCGACGCACCGUUUUCCCCCACUACCAUCACCAUUACAACAACGCCAGCAGUGGUCAUAACGCUGCCAGCCUAAGCGUUCGAUCCGCCGCCUCUACGUCAACAUCAACAUCAACAUCAACCGCGACCGCCUCCGCUUCCUCUUAUCCUCCGCGCCCCAACUAUGCUGUAAGCGAGCCCUUGCGAUCAUCCAUGUAUAUCCGUCGAUUCUCUUUCGCGCUGGUAUCGAGCCUAGUCGGCUACGGUGCUUGGUAUACGUACAAGGGAGGAAAUACUCUAGAGCAAGUUGGAGCUAAAUCAUAUACGACUACUCCCACUCAGUUUACGAAUAGUGCGGCCCCCACCCGUAAUGUCCUCGUAGUCGGAGCCGACGAUUUGCACACCGGUACUUUUGUCGGCGACGGUCCGAUUGCGAAGAACGUCGACGGUAGUGGAAGAAACGUAUUGGAGAUGCUCACGCCCGAGCAAGCCACCGAGAAACUUCGCCAGAAUGAAGCCUCCUUCCUAGUCAAUCGAGGACAAGGUGUCUUGCGAUACGACGUGGUGCAAGUUGCGAGUAACAAUCCGAUCGAAGACGACCACGCCGAAAAGAUUGUCGAGGUUGCUUCACGAGAUGGUGAAAAGAAUGAGGGGCAAUCUACCAACGAUUGGAUGUUUUGGGGUGUUUUUGACGGUCAUGCUGGUUGGACUACGUCGGCGAAACUCCGACAAACCUUGAUCAGUUUUGUUGCCCGAGAAUUGAACACUACCUACAAGGCUGCUGGAACACUGGGAACAGUGCCCUCCUCUGAGGCUAUUGACACUGCUAUUAAGCUUGGUUUCAAUCGUUUGGAUUACGAGAUUGUACACGAAAGUGUGCAGAAAGUUUUGAAGUCUAACUCGAAGCGAGUAGCAGCUGAACUUUUGGGCCCUGCCUUAUCUGGUUCUUGCGCUCUACUAUCUUUCUAUGAUAGCAGCACCAAGACCCUCCGCGUAGCUUGUACAGGCGACUCGCGUGCUGUUCUAGGUCGCCGUAGUUCCAAUGGCAAAUGGACAGCGACUGCUUUAUCCGAAGAUCAAACUGGAAGCAAUCCCAACGAGGCGGCACGAAUGCGCAAGGAUCAUCCUGGUGAAGAUCGCGUUGUACACAACGGCCGCGUACUUGGUGGCCUCGAGCCGACCCGAGCAUUCGGUGAUGCUACCUAUAAGUGGAGUAGAGAAGUUGGCGAGCGACUACGAGCAUCAUUCUUUGGCCGAAGCUCAUCCCCAUACCUCAAGACUCCCCCUUACGUGACAGCUGAGCCUGUUAUCACUGCCACUCAAGUUCAACCCGAAAGGGGCGAUUUUCUAGUUAUGGCUACAGACGGCCUUUGGGAGAUGCUGACAAAUGAAGAAGUUGUUGGUCUGGUCGGCAAGUGGAUUGAGACACAAGCCGCAGAGCAAGCGUCAACGUCGCAAAUGAGCUCUGUAUGGGCAAAGUUAUUUGGCCCUGGUCAAGAUCUUCCUGUGGAAGCUAGCAAGGAGGCAGGUCCUGAUGGCCAGAAGACUCCGGUUCGACUACGACAAUGGGGUAUCUCGCCCGAUGAGAAGGAACGGUUCGUCGUGAAGGACAAGAACGUUGCCACGCAUUUAAUUCGCAAUGCCCUCGGUGGUAAGAAUGAGGAGCAAGUAUGCGCAUUGCUCACACUUGUUUCUCCGUUUUCGAGACGGUAUAGGGAUGAUCUGACGGUACAGGUUAUCUUCUUCGGCAAUGGUCCAAAGAAUGGUUCGGUGCUCGUUAACGAGGAAGCCUCGAGUAUUCCUCAAUCAGCUAUCAAACCAAGAUUGUAAUGAACCUGCUAGGGGGAUAUUCUAUUACGUAUACCGCGAGGGGGGCUAAUCAUUUCCUUGUUACGCGCAUCACCGGCCGCAUAAAUGGGGGGUUUUUUGCCAGAUAGAGGUUUUAAGGCUAGGCGUUUGAAUAGGUGCGAAAUAUGCCUUUUGUUUAUGCUGAUUACCGAGCUCAAGGGUCAAGGUCAAAAGUACGAGGCCAUAUUAUUUGGUACUUCACUUAUAGAAUCAGGUACCUUUCAAAUCAAGACCAUUUGUGAUCCACUAUCCUCAUCCCCUAAUAUAAUUUUUAAGGCGAGGUCGCCAAGACAUAUCGUGGUUCGCCUUGUGCCGGCAUAACUAGGGAA